AAGAAGCAUAAGUAGUGGUCUUCAGGUGCUCAAAGACAUGAUCUUGGACUAUACAUCUGACGUGGUCCCCCAAGGUGGUGGUAUCCAUGAGAUCACCAAAUACUUGUUAAAAUACAUCAUGUCACUUCUGGACAACGGCACCUCUCUCAAGAUCAUACUUGUCGGUGGUGAACAGGAUGGCAAGGUUGCAAUGGAGACGCUGCAAGAUAUUGUUGCUACCUUGAUCUCUCACUUGGAAAUUAUGCUUGAGAAAGAAUCUCAGCGAUAUAAAGAUGCAGGGUUAAAACAAAUGUUCAUGGUGAAUAACGUGAACUUUGUGUUGCAUCAAGUAGAAGGCUCAAAGAUAAGGUAUCUUCUAGGAGAUGAUUGGGUUCUGAAGCACCAAGACCAAACGAAGGACCAUAUCUCAUCGUUCAUCAACAUUUCUUGGGAAUCUGUCAUGUAUUGCUUCCAUGUAAAGACCAACAAAAUCCCAAUCUUUUCUAGCCUACCAACACUGCAAAUAUUUAACCUGCAAUUUGAGAAAACUUACUUGACUCAGAAGACAUGGAAAGUUGAAAAUCCUCUGCUCCGGUCCAAUAUGCGUAAAUCAGUAUCAGAGAAGCUUGUUCAGGCUUACAGUACAUACCUUGAGAAUCACAAAAACAAAGCUCCAAAGCUUAUGAAGUACACCCCUGAAGAUCUUGAAGAGCUGCUGUCAGAUCUGUUUGAAGGAUAAUGGGCAUAGCUAAAAAGAGGACAAAGCACAGAUGCAUGUGAUAAUACUUGUCAACAAAUCUGAAGGAUAAAUGAUCCCUUGAGCUAGCAAGAAGAUCGGAUUUUCAGAUUGAUGUUUCCAAAGCUUGCGUAGUGAAUAUGGUACUGUAACUGAUAUAUCCUUCAUAUGUUAAGAUUGAACUGUACCUGAGGUUCUAGAA